AUGGAAUUCGAAGAAGAGAUUCGAAAAUUGAGCGGAAUCAAAAUGGGGGAGGGAGCACCCCCUGGCCACGGGCCUGCACGACAAUUACAUUGGGACACUGCAGCUACCACAACCACCACAACGCAACAGCAGUCGCUUCAGCCAAGCCAAAACAGAGGGAAACACACACGCCCCACUCAGCAACAACCCAAAGAUUUAUCCGUGAAUUCUUUAACCCGCCUCCACCUGAAGCCAUUGACUGCAAAAGAGUCACAAAUUUUUAUUUGGAAAGUGAUCAUAAUCUCAAAGUCGAUAGACCGUCAUCCUACAAAUGGCCUGCUUCGCUCGUCGAACGCUUGUCGGCAAAUAGCAGCGAGACUA